AUGGAGUAUGCGCACGUGCUGGAUGCUAAUUUUGGAGUGGCAUCGUUAGCGGUACAAAACAAGUCAACCAUCACUCUCUCGGGAUCAUUCAGGAAGAGUCGUUUCGUGAUUUCUUUUUUUACAGGAGAUGAUCCCGAUGUCCUGUACGUUUGGUUUCUUACCGCCUAUGGGUACACAUUUUUCUGGUGCUUCGGUAUGUUGUUCGUCGCGAUGGAUCUUACCGGGCGGCCACGGUGUCUGCGCAAGUACAAAAUACAACCGGGCAAAAAUGAACCACUGCCGUGGAAACGCUUCAAGCAGCUUGUCCUUACUGUGCUACGCAAUCAGUUCCUCUUUGGCAUACCCACCAACUAUUUGGUGUUUCAUAGUAGAAAACUGUUCACAGCCCAUAUUCCUCCCGUCCGUGUAUUACCAUCGCUGUACACGAUCGGGCAGGAUAUGCUGGUGUGCAUUCUGUGCUGGGAGAUUGGUUAUUUCUAUACGCAUCGGCUGCUUCACAGUCGGUUUCUGUACCGACGUUUUCAUAAGCAACACCACGAGUGGAGUGCACCGGUCGCUUUUGCUGCCAUGUACUCCCAUCCGGUGGAGUUUGUACUGAGUGAUCUGCUGCCAGUGUAUGCCGGACCAGCUAUAAUGCGAAGUCACGUUUUUACGAUCAUGAUAUGGUUCUCGUACGUUAUGAUCGACACACUGGUCGACCAUUCAGACUAUCAUCUACCGUUCCUAGCGAGCUCCGAAUUUCAUGACUACCAUCAUCUAAACUACACCCAGUGUUUCAGCAACUUUGGGCUGUGGGACAUUUUGCACGGAACGUCAAAAGAAUUUCUUCGUAAGAAACAAUUUCAACGACACCAUCGGUUGUUCAAACUUCAGUCAGCACGGGAAUGGAUACCGGAUAAGGAGCUGUAAAUUAAUACGCUUUUAGUUUUAUGUAAAAAGACAACAAACAAAAAACCCAAUGCUCGUGAUCAAAAAUAAAUAUAAAAUUAUAUCAUACGAGUGUCGUUUUUUUUCUCUUCAUACAUGAGCAUUAAGCAACAAAACAUAUGCAGAUCGCGAUCAUCUCAUCUGGUUUAGAGUGGUAUUCUAACUUUUAACACCUUCCUCAAGAUCACACGAAUGCUGUUCGCACCUCAUAAAUGUCCUUAGUGUAAAAUUAAUAAACAAAAGACCCGACAUUGCGACACACAAAGGUGCGUUGAGAUGGAACCGAAUGCCAUCAUUGGUAGCGUGUGUUAAUUUCACACAUAAUUGAGUGUACCUUUGCGCAAUAUUUACACUAAACAUAUUAGAAUUACUGAUUUCCAUUCGCGCAUCAAAAAUGAUGUAAUAUUUUUGUUACUUCAAAAUAUGAAGCUCACAGGUGUGAUGUGUAACGCGUUACAAACGACCAUGUUGAGAAUGUCGAUUAGGUUGAAAGUUAGGAGCUUGUCUGGAGCUACUCGUUGUACUAAUCUAUCCGCUAAUGAAGUGGAAAGCGAUCAAUUAGUUAUGGUGUCAUGGUACAAACUAAAGCUUUAGUAAAAGCCGAUGCUGACAUAUUGUUAAGCAACUUGUACAUUAAUGGUUAGAAGAGCUAUUUUUACACAUUGCCCAACUCAACGCUUAAGCUAAUUAUGCACCGAAAGUAGUAGCGAAAUGUUUUAUUUACUCGUUAGAUUUUAUUCAACAAAAAAGCAGCUAAGAAAAGCGAACAAA